AUUAAUCUGCAGCCUCGGAAUCAACUCACAGAGAAGGAUAACAUGUCCUUGCAAUGCACAGCAGACAAAUUUACCUUUGAGAAUCUAUCAUGGUACAAACUCAGUGCUCACGCCUCUCAGGCUCCCUUUGGAGGGCUACCCAUGCCUGUUUGCAAGAACCUUAAUGCUCUUCAGAAGCUGAAUGCGACGGUUUCAAAUACCAAUGGUGAAAAUGUCACCUUGGAACUUAUCCUCCGUAACAUCUCUAUCCAGGAUGGAGGGGACUAUGUUUGUAUUGCUCAGGACAAAAAGGCUAAAACACAGCACUGCCUGGUCAAGCAUCUCACUGUUCAAGAGCCCUUGGCACCCACACUCAUAGGAAAUCUGGAAAAUCAAACAACAAACGUUGGUGAAACUAUAGAAGUAUCAUGCACAGCAAAUGGUAUUCCUCCUCCCAACAUCGUGUGGUUUAAAAACAAUGAAACACUCGUGGAAGAUUCUG